AUGCUUCUCGUCUCGUGGCUCAACUCGUUGCGGCGAUGCUUCGGCACGUCGUUCCACAUCCUUGUCUUCAGCAUCUACUGGGCACAGGGCUUCCGCGCGUUCCCCUGGACAGGCAUCAGCACUCUGGCGAAGGACCAUCUGAAGCCGGUGGUGCCCUUGCCCCUGCCUUUUCCCCCUCCCUUUCACCCCAUCACCGCUUCUCACCGUUCUUCAUUCUUCCCCCAAACUCAUUCGUACCCGCGCGUUCCCUUGGACGGGAAUCUGCAUUCUAGUGAAGAACCAUCUGAAGCUGGGCCCAGCAGCAGUGCAGCUUAUGACCUCCACUGCCUACAUGACGUGGAGCGUGAAGCCGUUAUAUGGGUGAGUGGUGCGCCCCACAUGGACCGUGUGCCUAUAAGGGGCGGCCAGUGCAUCCCCUACAUCAUCAUUGCAACGACCUCUCGUCACUCUGCCACUCCCUAUGCUGGUCCCCUCCAAUCACCUCCUCUCUGCAGGAUCCUAUCUGACUGUGUGCCUAUAAGAGGUGGUCAUCGAAUCCCCUACACCAUCAUCACCAACGCCCUCUCGCUGCUCUCCUUGCUCGCCCUCACGUUCGUCCCAAGUCUCGCCGCCUCUGCCGCGCCCUUCACGCUGCUGCUCGUGCUACAGAACGUUGGGGCGGCCAUGGCUGACGUGGUGAUAGAUGCCAUGGUGGCAGAAGCAGCCAAGGGAGAGAAGUGA